GGUUAAUCUAUUUAAACUUGUUCGGUGCAUGCUCGCUCGUCUCGAUCGCGGGAAUUUCUGAUAAGACUGUAAAAAUCGAAGAUAUUAACCAAAUGUACUCGCUGAUGACUGUACAAGAUGGAGAACUGCAUCAUUGAGCCUCACAGCAUUGCUGCUCCAAUAGGAAUAGUCUCAUCAGAGUUGACUUCCUUCUCAAAUAAGACAGGAGGGGUCAAUAUAUUUGGAGGUUUCAGUAAAGAUGGUAAAAGAGGAUGGGUGGCCACGGACAGCUUCUUGGACGUGAUCUGCACCAGGUCUGGCAACCGGCUGGCAUCUUUCAACUUCAGCCAGGUGGCGGGGUCCUCGGCAACGAUCACCUGUGUCAGAGACUACCCCUGUCAUAGAUCGUACCAGCUCCUGGUCGGGCUUCAGACCGCAUCCAAGAAGGGCAUGGUGUGUCGUUUCAGGCCACACUCGUCGAAACUCCUCACUGUCGUCAACUUUUCACAUGUGGUGACAGCUAUUGACUGCGUGACAUCUGUUGGUGGUGUAGAAUCCCCAAACUUUGCCCUCAGUGAUGAACUCCGACGUUUCUUUGGCAUCGUUGCUGUGGGAACCAAAGGUGGCCAUGUGUACAUGCUGGACAUGAAGCUGGAUGAAGAUGUUGAAUUCUGGGAUAUGACGAGAGGACGCCCUGCUCAGAUCAUAGCCCCAGGAAUCCCGGACAUUGAUCAGAGACGCCUGAAGGCUGCUGCAAAAGGAGAACAUCUUUGCCUUGAUCUAAAUAAUGCAAGCCCUGCAAGUUUAACUGGCGAUGCCUUCAGCUAUUACUCCUUCAAUUACUGCAAACCUGAUGGUAAAAUCUUCAAGACAUUCCCCAUCAGUGACGUCUCGGUGACCUCACUGACCUACAUCCCUCAAAUCGGCUCACUCGCCGUCGGGUUCAACUUUGGAUCUUUCCAGCUAUGGAGAUUGGCCGACACUUCUCUAGAUUACAGCGGUCCUUUGAGCCGUCACCCAUCGCCUGUCACUCACUUCGCCUACCAGGAACCAGAGGAUGAUCCUCAGAACUUCUGCUACCUCUGGGUCGCUAGGGGUCCUGUGAUCUCAGAUUCAAAGGAUGACCAGGAGACUCUAACAGACAUUCAUCUAUUCCAGCUCGCCUACGAGAAGAAAAUACAACACCCCAAGCACGGACAUAUGUUCAAGGAUCUUGUUGACUGCAUCGGUAGGUUUGAGCACUACUUGACCGCUAACCCCUUGGACAGCAAUGAUGUGGUCUCUCUGGGCAGUCGUCUACUUGCCUGCUAUACCCUGGACAGGGCGUUGCCCCAAGGGUUUAAGAUUCAUGAUGAUUCCACCGCAGAGGAAGAGGUGAACCCAAAGGAUUUGAGUCUAGCAGUAUUUGUGUGGGAAGGUUGCCCUGCCAAUAUGGAAACUCAAGAAACCACAAACCAUUUCAUUGCCCUCUUUGAUCUUGACCGUUAUUACCAGGCUCAGAUGCCCUCAUUCAUCAAGUGUGAUGAGCUCACCGAGCCCCCUCCUUACUUCUCCUUCUACAACCUGGAAGCAGUGAUAGAUGCAGCAUCUCCAGAUUUUGCUCUGAAUGUUCACCUGGAUAAGGGCAGUUUAACAAAGUAUCAAUCAACUUGCCAGUCAGUACCUGAAUCACACCUUCACCCGUCAUCCCUUAGCUUCAAUGUGGUCUGCCUCGCUGAAGGGAGUCUCGUCCAUGCAGGCUUCCUGGGAAUGCAAAGAAAGAUUUUGGCCGAUAUGUGUAACCAGGGCCCCACCCUCCUCAGGGAGCCACGCCCAUUUUACCUGCGAUGCUGGAAUGCCCACCUCAUCCCCAGGCGAAGCUUUGCUGAACAGAUACCUAGCAGUAUUAGUCAGGUACAACAAAGAGAAGAUCUUCUCACCCUGGCCCUGGAACACAAUCAGCUAGGGUUUCUGGUUGCCUGUAUAUCAAGUUGGAGUCAAGGAGACUUUACAUCCGGUAUGAACCUCCGUUCGAUAUUGGAAUGGUCGUGGGGUAAAGUGGCGAGUAUCAAACAGACUGUGGAUGAAAUAUGCGUCCCGCUGUAUGAUGGCUAUGGGACGACGUUAGACUCCCAUUCUUACAAACUACUCAAGACCUGUUCUACUCAGCUGUGUCACAUGAUAGAUCUCUUCCAAGCUUUACUCGACCAAUCAGGAACCACGACAGAUCAAGGUGUGAAGGAUUUGGAGACCAAGUUGGGCGUGGUCACUCUACUCUCCCAACACCUCCAGAUGGUGCUGUGGUUCAGUCAUAGUGGCCUACUACCAGAAUGUGGAGAUGACCUUGGAUCACCUCUUCAUGGCCAAUUCUGCUACCCAUCCUCCCUCCUACGUCAGACAUAUGCCCAGCGAAGAGCAGAGCUUUCCAGAAUGUGCAGGAAUAGCGGAAACAGUGACAUCAUGCUGAUUGAUGGCCUUGUAUCCGAGGCGGGGCCUUCUCUCACCUCUCUCUGGGAUCGGAAGGAUCAUGGGGGUACAGGAGCGUACCCCCCUCCAAGCCUUCAUGCACUUCUUGACAUGUUCCUUUUGGAGAAUGUUCCCUUGGCAACCAAGCAUUGCAUUGUGGGAUAUCUUCUCCUCGACAUCAUAUCAGUCAGCCAUGAUGCCAAACAUUCUGAGAUGGUUGAGGAUAUUGAAAAAUUCCAUCAAGUGUUCAGCCUCCCUCUUGGUCUGACAAAGCUGCUACAAGCAUUCUGGCUUCUUGAUCACAGAGAUUAUGAGGAGGCUCUCGCCAUGCUGCUUGACCCCAACACAAACAACGAUCUGUUGUCAUGGCAACACACUCGCAUUAUCAAGACCUUUCUGUACCAUGGCCAGGCUAAGAUGGCGCUGCAUUACGUGCGGUGUGUUCGGCCUGCCCUGGACACCCCAGACGACAUCAAGCUCCACCUUACCGUGCUCCUGGCAAAUGGGUUAACUGCUGAAGCGUUUCAGUUCCAACGAGAGUACCGAGACCCGUCAACCAUGGAUGAACUUCUGUAUCACAUCUUCCUCGGCUCCCAACAAACCAAGACAAUGGACCAGCUACUCCGUCUCCCCUUUGAUGACAUCGAAGAGUCUGUCCUUGAGCGCUAUCUCCUGGAGACGACAGAACCCAACUCCAAGGAGCUUCUAGUGAUGCACUACCUCCAAAGGACCAGGUUUGUGGAUGCGGUCCGACUGAAUGAGACCCUCAAACAACAAGCUCUUAUGGGUGAUAACGACCCCUUAGCCAGGGAGAGGACCUCGGCAAGAAACAUCAUCACAGAGAGCUAUGUCAAUGUGCUUCCGAGGGUUCAGAGACGAUUAGCCUUCGACUCCGACUCCAGACAGAAGAAAACAGUCGGAAUAAGGAGAGAAGUUCCGCGCCCCAAGCCCCUGUCGACCAUCAUCAACCCUGCCAAGUCUUCCAAGGUCAUAUCUCAUGCCCUGCUUCUCAAUGCAGUCCUUGAUAGGAUCGCAGAGGCUAGGGAUGUCAUGAAGGCUGAUCAAACACCUACUCAACUACAGGAUGACUCUUAUGACAGCUCACCGUGUAUUGAACCCUUCGUUGGUACACCGAUGACCCCUCGCAACAGAACAGCCAGGAGUGCUGACGUGAGCGUUGUUUAUCCUGAAACACUUGAAGCUGAGGACACCGCCCCCUAUCAUCCAUUUUCGACCAGUCUAAAUGCAAGCAUUAACCAAUCGUUGAGGGGACUUGGAGGCAUGGAGACGCCAAAGGUUCUCAAGGAGUCCUUCAAAAGACCUCCUUUAGAUUAUUCAGGAGCAGAAGCCUUGUCUCUCCUACAGACACCACCAGUGAAAAGGAGAACACCAGCUGUCCAUCAAGAGCCCCAGGUCGCCCCACCCACACCCCAGUCUAUUCUCAAAGUCAGGAAGGUCAUUAGAAGGUCACCUAGUCCUCCCAAGGUCGUCACAGAAAGGGCGAGGGGAUUCGCAGCUGUAGACAUUACGCUACCCACGCCUCCUCAAUUCCAUCGCAAAACGCUUUCAUUUGCAGAGGAAGAAUCUGAGAAGACCAAAGAAGCGACGCCUGCCAGGCACAUCCGCUUUUCAGACGACACAAUCUUACAGGACUCGCCAUCUCCUGACAUCAAUGAACUGGUACCAGAACCCCCGUCAUUCAUCCCCGGGCGAAACACACCCUCACCGAAUGUUGAGCAGCAGGCAUGGGCCACCCCGCCCCUCAGCCCCCAGAUCUCCCCCACCAAGGAGGCAGCCGAGACCCCACCCUUCCAGUCUCCCAUGGAAGGCAUACCACCAGAGCAAGCCCGGGACUCGUCCGUCAGCCCCGCCCGCGGCUCGCCGCCCGGUCCGACUCGGAUGGAGGAGCAGGUGACGGAGCGGGCGGGGCAUCUAAUAUUGACCCCGAAGAUGAAGCCGCCGACGCCUCAACGCAGUCGUAUCAUUACCCCGAAAGAAAAGCCGCCUAGUGUGAGACGUCCCUCUCCUCUCCGCCAGCCAUCAGAAGAGAACGAACAAGUACUGCAGCUCUUGUACCAAGAUGACGACUCCCAGACCCCGCCCAUUCCAGAAGGGAUGGUACUGAACCUGGAUAACGUCCUUCACCAUGGCGACCAGACUGGACAGGAGGAGGAGGACGGGGAAGAGGAUGAAGAAAUCACUUUCAAUUUCAGUCUGAGGCAUGCGGGAACUCCCGCUUCGGCUGAGGUACAGCAGGAGAGGGAGGAGCCUGUUCCCAUGGCGAUGGAGGAUGUGGAAAUGGAUGCGGAUGAGCAGAUGGAUACUGAAGGACCUAGCGCACAACGGGAACCUUCACCCGCGAAGCCUCCUGAAUUCAUCUUCCAGCCGUCACCACGGAGACCCAUCCACUCCCUGGCCCCAUUCCAGUUCCAGGAGAUCACUGCCCGAAGCCCCUCAUCAGUUCCUCUUCCAACACCCCCAAGGGAGUCAAGAGACUUUGACGUUGAGCAGGCCUUCUUGGACAAGGGUCCCCCUGUAUCGGAAGAUUGGCAGCUGACCUUUGAUGCGGAAGACACAGAAGAUGAGGAUGAGGCAGCCGUUGGAGAGGGAGAGCCGAAGGUGCGGUUCGGAGAAAAAGAAGUCUUCGAGAUUCCCGCAGUGCCUAAACACGUCCGGGAGAGCGUUCACAUCCAGACCUCGCCAAUGUCCGGAGCAACCUUUGACCUCUCCCAGCAGCCUAUCGGGAAAGCCGACGUCCAGGAGAUGUCUGUGCAGACCACUCCGGGUCUUGCCCUCAGGACGCGGGAAGUGGAGAAGACUCCCCCUAGAGUUCCGUUCAGUGAAACCCUGAAGGACAGAGAAGGGACGCAACGUAAGGAGGAUCAGGAAGUAACGGAGAGCCCUAGAGAUUCUGGCAAGCUGGAUUCUCCCAUGGAUGUUCAAGCAGAUAUACCGGUAAUAUCACCUCCUAAGCCUCCCAGUCUGAUGAUACCAAGCCAGGAAGACGUGAAGGAAUCCCCUAGAAGAUCACCAAGAUCUCCAGUUACCAGAUCCAUGACGACACCGUCAAGAUCCAGUCCAAGAACCAAAACGAGACAGGAACAAAAGAAAGAAGAGCCAACAACACCUGCCCAGCCCUCCUUCAUCUUCUCCCCACCCCUCACACGAUCAAGAGGGCGUCGUUCGGCCGUCAAGAUCAUCACCAAGGAAACGGCCCCACCCGUCCCUCCGUCCUUCAGCCAGACCGCCUCAGAGACCGUCCUGACCGUCCCCUCACCGCUCCCUGGGGAGUCGAUGGUGAUGGCAUCUGGAGGUAGGGGGACCAGGAGCGUCAGGAGGGGGCGAGAAGGGAAUGCCUCCAUGACGCAGAUCAAAGACAAACCUGCUAUCACACCUGUUAGGGGCUCAAGACGUUCAUUGGCCGUCUCUCACGUCCCGUCCCCAUCGGAAGCAGACUCCGUCGUCCUGCUCUCCCCGGCCACCACCGAACUGGAGUCCGAUGCACAGGAUAAGUCAAUGAGGCGUAACCCUCGUCGUGCGGUGCGCGUGGCGCCUCACUCCAUGACCCUAAGAACCCCUCAGGAGAAGAAGAAAGUCCGCAAGCUGAAGGCAUGGUAGUGCAGGUGGAUUUGUGUAGUUCUCGUAAAGAAAUUCUUGGAAUUUUACAUUUUUCUUCCUUCACCUUACCUUAGAAUUUUCUUUGGAAGUAGACACAAAGGCCCGUAUUCUGAAGUCAGGUUUAACUUAGACCAUGGUUUAACUCUGUGCUAGAAUUAUGGGAAGCCAAACGUUUCAAAAUUUUGUUUACAGUGAUUGCUUCUCAUGUUGCUCAUGUUUACUGUGCUCAUUACUAAUUCUUAUCCUUCCCAGGCAGUUGAUAAUAUGUUGGGAGUCAAAUGAGCUGAUACAUUGAACCUCUACUGUUUGAGAUUUAUGUAACAACUGGCUUUUCAUAGUUCAACCACAACUUAAAACCAGAGUUUAAUUUAAACCCGAGUUCAGAAUACGGGCCAUUGUAUACACACUACCUGUAAAUCUGCCUAAGUCAAACCACUUGAGAUCACAGAAAGUUGUUUCGACUUUUGAGAAAUUUGAAUUACAGAAGGUAAAUAUAGACCUGCCAACCGUCCUGAUAUUCAACUUUCAACAUGCCCCUAAAUCAGGACUUCUUGAUUUCUGAAAUUUCAUGUAAGAAAAAAAAAGUUUGGUAUAUCGCCAAAGACCCAUUCAUGUCUCCAGUCCUUAAUACACAUCUCAAAUACCCCAGUCCUUUUUGGGUUAAAGUUGCUACAAUCCAGGAGUUUCAGGGGGCAAUGGCUUCUUGAAUCCUGCUUGAGACUCUGCCCCUGGACCCGUCAGGAGGCUUAUUCGGCCCCCGUACCCCUGGCCAUUGGUUGUGCUGAUUUGGCAUUUCUAAAUGUUGGCUGGCAUGUAAAUAACACGUUUUACAUAAUCUAGUUUCAGAAAUGCUUCAGCUUUGCGAUUAUUUGACUUAAGUAGGUUAACUUAUGCAGUGUUGACAGUACUUACAUGUAUUUGCCCCUCUGCAUCCCAAAGUUUGUACCUUCCUCUUAAAAAUCUAAAUUUGACCUUGCAAAAGUUCAUUUUAUAUGCGAAAUUUCUCUGAAGUAAAGGUCAAGCCCACCUCAAACAUUUGCCGAGUCUAAAUUAUAUGGUGAAUUCUAAUGAGGGAAAAUUCAACUCGCAUCCAAAGCGGAUUAAUAAGAAAUAGGAAUAUGGCAUAUAUGUGAACAUUUCAUUUAAUGAUUAUGUUCUUGGAUGCUAACUAUGCUAAAUGAUUAUUGGAAGGAUAAUGACAUUAAAAGCCUUGGGCCUUUGAUGUCAUAAGAUAUAAGGUGUUUAAGAAAUCCCAGACAUAUAUCAUUUUUAUCAAAGAUGGAAGAAUAUUUCAAUCAUACAGUAUAAAAAUAUGACAAGAAAAUAAUGUGUUGUUAAGUCUGUCUAAUUGUUCUAAUUUUAUUUUAUAAGUCGUGAAAUAACCAUCAAUGUGUAUUAUAUUACUCCUUUGAAAGGAAGAAAAAAAAAGUAUAUUUUUCAAGAAAGUAUUGUCCCUUGAUAAUUCACCCGUGUCGAUGCCAUCUGUGCUGUAUUAUGUAUUGUCUGCCGUAAUUAAUUUCUUGAUGACUUGUAAUUUGUCUGUUGUGUCGAUAAACUUAAAGGGUGCCUGCCUUUCAAGUUAAUUUGCUCACAUAAAUUUAAAAUUGAGACCUUAUGGCCUAUUUUAUAAGUUGUUGGUGCGUUGCCCAUAUCUUAUCACAUGACUGGUGGCCCUUAUUGGGUCUUCUAUCGGAUUUCUCAUUAUUAUUAUUAUACUGCGCUUUUCCUAUAAGCAGUGUUGCCGACCAUUCAGUUUUUAACUCAACUGUUCAUUUUUUGAAGUUUUUAUUUCGUUAGAAAACUGAAUGCUCAGAUUUGGGAAUUUUGUGAGUAUGGAUUUGGGUGAAUAUUUAUAAGUGUGUCAAUUAUCAAUAUUAUUUUAUGGGUUUUUUGAAAUAUAUCCAAUUGUCCAUUUCUGUAUUCUGGUUGACCAAAUCAUAACACACCCAGAUACAGUCAUUCUUGAGGCUGAAUCUUCUCUCAAGGUCUGCACCAUAUUGCACAAUUGGAAGUGCAAAUAUGCAAAAUCCCCCUCCCAUACCCAACCCCUUGGACGCUCUGCACCCUCGGGCAUGGUCGCUUCGUUCCCUCGCAGUAAUUGGUUCAAAUUUUGCAUUGGCAAGUCUGUAUUAGGCCCAAAGCACUUGCAAUCAGUUAAUUGAAUUGUGUUAUAUAAUCUUAGAACUACAAACUAUGGAAAAGAUGGGUUUUUAAUGCUUUUCUGAAAAUUGCGAGUGAUGGAGACUGUCUUUUUGCAAGUGGCAAAUCAUUCAAGUAUUUUGAAGCGGACACAGUUAAAGUUCUAUUGUCGGAUAAUGUACGAGUUAAUGGAAAUGUGAGGCGAAGAAGGUCACUAGCUGACCUGUGUUCUACAUUUAGUUGGCGUUUACAGAGUAAAGCAGUUAUUUAAAGGAGAAUGAAACCUUUGGAACAAGUUAGCUUGUGUGAAAACAUAAAAAUCAAAGAAACAGAUCAACGAAAGUUUGAGAAAAAUCGGACAAAUAAUAAGAAAGUUAUGAGCAUUUGAAUAUUGCGAUCACUAAUGCUAUGGAGUUCCUUAAAGGACAAGUCCACCCCAACAAAACGUUGAUUUGAAAAAAGGAGAAAAAUCCAACAAGCAAAACACUGAAAAUUUCAUCAAAAUCGGAUGUAAAAUAAGAAAGUUAUGACAUUUUAAAAUUUUGCUUAAUUUCACAAAACAGUAAUAUGCACAUCCUGGUCAGUAUGCAAAUUGGCAGACUGAUGACGUCACCCAUUCACUCUCUUUUUAUUUUGUAUUUUAUUAUAUGAAAUAUGAAAUAUUCUAAUUUUCUCCUUGUCAAGUGAAAAGAAGUUUUAUUUCUCCCUGAACAUGUGGAAUUACCAUCAUUUUCACUGUUGUUCAGUAAUUUGAGACAUUAGUCACUGUUUCAAAGGAAGCCAGUGUAAUGAAUUUAAGAGUGGCUGGGAUGGAUGAUCUCGAGAAACCUGUAAAAUUAAUCCUGCUGCCCAAUUUUGUAGUCAUUGAAUACGAAUUAUUUGAUGAGAGUGAAUUGUAGAAGGAAGCCCAUUGCAAUAAACAAUAUAAGAUAAAACUAAUCACUUUUAUUCUCAUCAAUUUCAGUUGAAGUCUAAUCUCGGUAGAUUAAAGUGUUUAUUUUGAAUAAGUAUCUGAAUGGAACGUUCAAUUCCCUUAAAGUUUUUAUCAGGUUUAUGGGAAAUACAUUCCCAUAAUGUUGAAACAAGGAAAAUAUGGGGCAUCUUUCUGAGAAAAAAGAAAGGUUCACUAGUGGUACGUAAAGCUUAAACGUACCUCAGCUUUAUCAAGUAGCCCUUGGAGUAACACUCAUUGGCCCGUAUUCUGAAGUCAGGUUUAACUUAGACCAUGGUCUAACUCUGUGCUAAGAUUAUGGGCAGCCAAAAACUCAAAAAAUUCUGCUUAAAUUGUUUAUUUCUUGUAUUUACAAUUAGUUUCCCUUUGCUUUCAUAAUGAAGCAAAUAUUUCAGUUAUCUUUCUGAGACAGUUAUAAAUGAUUUGAGUGUCAUAAGAGUUAAUGCAUUGAAAAUGGGCUAAUAGAGAUUUGUGCUGCAAUUGGCUGUCCAGAGUUACACUACAACUUUAACGAAGGUUUAAUUUAAACCGGAGUUCAACAUACGGGCCGUUGUAAAUUAUGAUUUUUACAGUAACUUGCUUUGUGAAACUGGCAAACAUUUUUAUUUUAACUUGUUUUGUUUUGUGUCUGUGCUUUCCUGUGUCUUAAUAUAUGAUUUUGAAAACUUGAGCUUAAAUCGACUAUGUGAUCUGUACAGAAUGAAAGAUGAACAAAAGACUUUUUGAAAUUUAAAUGUAUGAAUAAAAUUGUUGUAUAUGAAAAGAA